UGUUUCUUUGCCAUUGAUGAAGCCGCACACUCACGGAGCUUGCGGGAAGAAUCACAAGAGUGGGGAAAGGAAUAAAUCGGUCGCUUGCCGUGUCUGGGAAUCAUCGUCACUUUAACACGGCAGUCACACCUCGAACAGGAGGACCAUUACAAAAUAUAAAAAAACCAAACAUGCAUAUAUCUUAAUCCCCGCGAUUGACAAAGGUCAAAAGAAGACGCGUCGGCAUGAGAAAAAAAUCAAUUACAGUAAAAUUAAAUGAAUGCAUUUCCGAGGACCUCCAUGUGGAUUUUUGUGAAUAGACGGUGGUGAAAAUUCUGCAUUUGCUGUGCAAGAACUGGAUGUUAUCGAGAUAUUAAUAAGGGGACGUGUACAGCAAGUGUGGAUUGUAGAAAAACAAAACGAGGAUGUAUUAUCCGAUUUAAAUGGUGGAAUUUCGAAAAUAUAUCAAUACAUUUACCACAGGAUUAAACUUGAUUAAAAUAUAUACAGAUGCAUGUAUUUUAAGUAAGAACUAAAAUAUUCUAAAGGGUAAAAACAAACAAACAAAAAAGAUAAAGGAAUAUGCAAGCAUAAAAGCGAAGGAUUGUGAAAGACCAGAGCAAGCGUGAAUAAUUUGUUUACCAGCAGUACUGCGGUGGAAGUAAAAUAAAUCUAUAUAUUUAAAGAAGACAUUGCAAAAGGAUUAUUGUUUGUUUAAAUGUGAAAAAACUAUAUAUGAUUUUGUUGCUGGGGUGACAGACAAGUGGGUUGUGAAACCCUGGCGGUGGGACAAUCAGUCGUGGUAGAAAUUUUUAAAGGAACAUUUGACGCGACUGAAAUACAUUUUAAAAUACUUAAAUACAAAUUAAAAAAAAAAAGAAAAAGACAAUUCACACAAAGGCAAGAAAAUGUCGGCCGUAAUGGUGUCUAAGAAGGUGUUACGAAAAUGGGAAAAGCUCCCUGGGAAAAACACAUUUUGCUGUGACGGGAGAGUCAUGAUGGCAAGACAGAAGGGCGUGUUUUAUCUAACCCUGUUUCUCAUCGUCGGGACCUGCGCGCUGUUCUUCGCAUUCGAAUGCCCGUACCUGGCAGUUCACCUGUCCCCUGCCAUCCCUGUCUUUGCCAUCAUCCUGUUCUUCUUUGUCAUGGCAACGCUGCUGCGCACCAGCUUCAGUGACCCGGGGGUGCUGCCCAGAGCCUUGCCUGAUGAGGCCACCUUCAUCGAGAUGGAGAUCGAGGCAGCCAAUGGAAAUGUCCCAGCUGGCCAGCGCCCGCCUCCCCGGAUCAGAAACGUUCAAAUCAAUAACCAGAUUGUGAAGCUCAAGUACUGCUACACCUGCAAGAUCUUCCGUCCGCCCCGCGCCUCCCACUGCGGGAUCUGUGACAACUGUGUCGAGCGUUUUGAUCACCACUGCCCAUGGGUGGGGAAUUGCGUUGGGAAGAGGAACUACCGCUACUUCUACCUGUUCACGCUGUCGCUGUCCCUCCUCACCAUCUACAUCUUCACCUUCGACAUCGUCCACGUGGUGCUGCGCUCGGUGGAUUCUGGGUUUGUCAACACCCUCAAAGACACCCCUGGAACUGUGCUGGAGGUCGUGGUCUGCUUCUUCACGCUGUGGUCUGUGGUGGGACUGACAGGCUUUCAUACCUAUCUGGUGUCACUCAAUCAAACCACCAACGAAGACAUUAAAGGCUCAUGGUCGGGGAAGAACCGGGUGCAGAACCCCUACAGCCACCGAAACAUCAUGAAGAACUGCUGUGAGGUGCUGUGCGGGCCAAUGCAUCCCAGUGCUCUGGACCGGCGUGGGGAAUUGGUAGAGUUGCCCUUGGCCCCUGUCCCAAUACCAGCCUCAAAGAACAAUAAGGAGAACCCGCAAACUACUAAAGCCACAGCACCCCUGAUUUCCAACGAGCACACCCCUGAUGAUGUGAAGUCCAGCAUAGCGCCGGAGCUGGAGGGGGGCGUGGAAGUAAUGCCGUCCCCUUUGGAAAACAAGCAUCCUCCCAGCGAGCCGCCCACACCACCCCCAGCAGAGCCGGCAGAAACCACUGUGGAGCCCGACGGGGCCUUUUAACCGCAGGCUUGGCCAGUCUCCAGAAAGGGGAGAACGCCCUGAAUGCUUUCUUUUGCAGCAUUAAACAAUAACCAUACAUUCUGUGGAAGUGGGAAAAAAAAAAAAAAAAAAAAAAAAAAAAGUAAAGUAAGUAUCUUCGUUUGCAACUCUUCCUUUUAACCGGGAAACCGAAGAACUCUCGCGAGUCUCGUCUUAUCAUUCCGCCCGAUUGGCUAGUCCCUGUCACUCGGUGUGGGCCUCGCGUUCCUGCUUAUCCUCUCUGUGCAUUGGGCAGGUUUCUGUGUCAUUGAGAAAUAAUGAAGAUGUUUUUUUGUUUUUUUUUUGUUUUUUUUUGUCAAGUUGUGGGCCCGACAGUUUUGGUAUAGAUUGAAGGAUAUGACCACGGAGGCAAAAUUUUAACUCCAUCCAUUCAUGGGACAGAAGAAAUCAAACUUUGCAGACAGAUGCGAGUCGAUGGCUUGUUCUGAAGUGUUGUUACUGUUAAUAAUUUCUGUUGGUUUGUCUUUUUUUAUUUGUUUACGUUAUGAGAAGGUGAAAUCAGGUUUACUCUUAAUAUGAAUUUAUACAAAAAAAAAGAAAAUUAAAAAAACAGGCCUGACAUGAAGUAUAGUACUUGGUCAUCUGCUCCUGGAAAAAUCUUGCUAAGAGAACCUAAUGAAAUACCUGAAUCACUGCACAGAAUAAGAUUACAUUUUGAAAGCAGUGAUAGGAGUGCAUCGCAUAAUGCUGCAGUAGCACCUCUUAUAAGUUCAUUAAUGAAGGUAAUGUGUUUUAUAGAGGAAGUCACCUUGGAGAACACAUCCAGUCUCCUUAAAGUAGCAUGAUAGUGUCUUUAUUGGACAUGCAAGAAGAUUGACCCAGUUUUCUUUCUUCCCUUAUGCAAAACCAUUAAGAUCUUUGACUGCUGUGGCACUAUGUGUGUGUGUUUAUUUUAUUUUGGUAAACUCUUUGACUUCCAAUCCUGAUCUCUUGUGUGGUUUGUAGUUUGAUUGGUUGUGGACAAUAGGGUUUUGUGUUGUAGUGUUGUAAUUGUGGUUUCUUUUUACAGUUUUCAUUGCAAUACUGUACAAUGUUUUGCUACAUAACUGUGAUGAACUGGUUUGUUUUGUGUGUUUGGAGACGGGCUGCUCUUUCACUCCUCCAACGUUGAAGGACGACAGCAGAAAAACGAGGAAUCCUUGGCUUAUUACAGUUGUGUAAUCUAAUCCCGAAGGGUCAGUUCUACUCCCAUGUCUUGUUGGAUCCUAUUGUUGCCAAGAAUAUGCCGUUCAUUUAAUUGGAGCACCAGCAUUGUUGCAGAAGGGAGCAUAAACAAGAAGGGUUUUGUUUUGAGUGUUAUAUGUUUGUACCUGUGCCUUAUUUGAAGCUGCACUAUCCCAUGUUUCACACACCUGAGUUAGAACAUUUCUGAAGAAGCCUCUGCACUUCAGUCCGUGGGCGGUUUUUUGGAACUCCCUCGGAGAACGUUUCUUUGGCAGCAGCAUGACCUCGAUAUUAAAAGCCAUUUUUUGUCGCAGAGGGAAGAGAUGUACAAUCUAUAGUGUAGAUCCGGGCUAAACAAUAAAUGUGGAUUUUGUUGCAUGCUACACGUGACAAUUUUGAAAAAAAUAAUCGGACCUCUCCGGUCAGGAAAUGCUGAGCUAUCUGUAAUCUGGGUGGAAUGCAGCCUGGAUAAUGUGCUGUUUUAGAGAACAGGUUUAAUUGUCUUUUGUCCUUGUACUGAGCCAGAAAAAGAUUUGCAAGACUGGCUGUGGGCCCUUCCUAGCAGCAGCAAGGUUAAAAAUGGUGUACAAGUCAAGACUGCUACAUUUUUCGUUUAUAUUUAGUUAUUUGAUAAAUGAACUAAUUUGCUAGAAACCAGCUGUGUAUUCAGACAGCGGUUUAAUGUGACAAAGGGACUUUCCAUGUAAAGGUUAAUUGAACAUCGCAAGAUUUUUGGUUUCUGUCAGUGUUCUGGUGACCUUUUAGCAGGGUUGCCUGCACGUAUCCUAUUGCGUGUAAUUAGAGCAGUAAUCACGUCUGGGAUGGGGGAUUGAUUUAGAUGAACCGUAGAGCCUCGGUUCUGUCUGUCAGACAGUUUGUUUUCAUCUGCAUCAGCCCAAGAUAGUAUCGGUUUGAACUGAGUGAGGGGCAAUUUUCAUCACACUUUUUAAAAUCCUAGGACAGUAUUUUUCAGACAGUGGAAAACGUUUAAAUUAUCAAAAUGAGUACAUAACAAACUGGACAGAUUUUCAAGAGAGAGAAUUUCAAAAAACAAAAAGACAAUCCGAUUUAAAUACUAAAGCUGUUUUGGAGGCUUGCAGCUAAGAUUUCAUUGCUUUUCUAGGAGACUGUUAUUGCUUCCUCAGAGUCCAGAAGGUUUGGAUAUUAACUGGGCAAUAAUUAACACUGUUACUAAGUAAUGUUGUUGUAAUGUGUUAUUCCCCUACCUUAAAAACAAACUAAGCCUUAUUACCAGAUAUCUUCAGGAAUAUUGAAAAUUACACCCAUAACUAGUUAGUUUUUGCUCAGUUAGUAACAAGAGUGGCCUAUUUGGCGACUGGCACCUCUUCUUGUGUGAAUACAGUGUGCACCCUCUAAAGCCAUCCCUCUAGGAUGAACCCUAUACCUCAGGAUUUUUUGUUCCAGGUGUAGAAUAUACGUGCUAGUGACCAAAAUCAAAAUGUAAGUAUGUCAAGUCUCGAUGCAAACAAUUCAAGGGUUUGUAAUUAUUCUUUUUGUUAUUUAUAAUUAAAGCAAAUGAUAGAGUGAGCGAAAGAGAAAUAAAAAAAAAUCACUUGUAUAAUUGACCUUCCCUUUGCUUUGUAAUAACACUGUGAUUUAUGUAUACAAUUAUUAUUUUAUUUUUUAUUUACAAUUCACUUGCAUUUGCUUUUAGUUUUUUAAAUGAGGGAUUCAUUUGAUUGAUGUGUGUUUAAAUAAUUAAAGGAAGAAAAUGCUCUUGUCUUUUAUCUGUGUUAAAUGGGUGGCUGUUAUCUACUUUGUUUUCAAGCCUGUAUCAGGGCAUUCAUUUAGGGACAAUAUAACAUUACUAACUGUAAAUUAGUAGCCACAUGCUGAUGUGAAAGUGGUUAAAACUCAACCCGGACCGAGGCUCUGAACUUCACAAUGCGGUCAAUUAGCAGAAGUUAAUGCCUUCUGUACUCACUGAAACAAUGAAAUAUGUUAUAAAAUAGGCUUUUUUAUGUACUUGCAUUUUUUUUAGGUCUUACUUCUUAAAGCCACGCAUGGACAUGUUUGUAGACUGGGUCGUUUGUUUAGUUGGUUGGAAGCUGGUGCUGUUUUUAACAGCAGUCUUGAUAGUCAGAAUGCGAUCCAGUAUGGCUGUAGACAGUUGAUUUCUUAUGUCUGGUUUUAGAAGGUUCAUCUAAGAAAAAACAUUUCUAAUUUUUGCAGUAGUGCGUGGCAAAGCCAAUAUAAUAAUGCCAAACUUGGCAAGUGUAGGAAAACGUGGCUUGCCACUAGGUGUAGGCAUGAGCAUAAUUUCGUGCCAUUAUUCAGCAACCACUGCCAGAUCCCAUCUAAGAUCCAAGUCAGUCAAUUGGUACGGCAUAAGUUCAAUUUCUAGGCUAUUCAGCAUAUUUCCAAGAACAAUCUGUGGGGAAAAGCAUUGCAAGCUAGAAGUGGAAUUGCUUCUGUUGCACAUCUUCAGAAGCUACCGUUUGACCAGGGACACAAUAUAAAAAAAAAAACAGAUUUUCCUGUGGAAGCUAGCAUGGAUAUUUUUUCAUAUAUAGUAUUACCACUCAUAGCAUGUACCCUUGUAUUUACCUCAUAGACCUAAUGUGUAAUAGGUUUGAUAAUCCUUCUUCAGUGCCAUCAAACUUCUACAGUCGUGCAAUGAUAUUCAUGAUUCUCAGCUCCAGAAGUGUACAAUCUCUGAAAAGGGAAGUUAAUCUCAUAUACGAGGUUAGACUGCUAGACCGUCAGACUGUCUCAAGGAGACAGGUGCUUCAGUGGGUUAGUUGACUAGCAUGUUGUGCAGUCCUUCUGGGAUUGGUUUUAAAUCCAACUGUUUCCUUUUAUUUUCAAAGAAUUGGUUCAUGCCCCCUGUAGCUUUUCCAUGGAAGUGAGAUGGCACAAUGGGCUAAUUCACAAGCAAAUUGUGAUGUUCCCCUUGGAGUACUGGGCUCAAAUCCUGGUGAUUCCUUCCUUUAUUUCCAAAUAAUUGGUUAAUUGACUUUACUGGGUUUCAAUCCAGGCAAUUCGUUCCUGUUUUUUCGAACAAUUGGUUAAUUUGCCUUGUAAUCGGUGUGAAACACAGUUCCCCUGAGGGAGGUGGUGGUGCAGUGAGCUAAUCCCAUGGCCGCCUCUCCCUGAAGACAGUGGUUUGAAUCCAGCUCCCAGAGGGGAGUUCCUGAGGUAAGUGUUGAUGUUGGUUGUGUUUCCAUAGAUGGAGAAGACAACCUGCCUUGAGGAGGGAGGAGAGUGUAAGGUGGGGGUGGUGGUGUUGAAGAGAAGAGGAAGGAGGCAAACUGCAUGCACAAGUCUUUAAGACUCUCUUAAAAGUGAGACUUGUGCAUGUACUCCAAGGAGAAUUGUUUGAAAUCCCCAGGAUUUGAACUCAGUACUCCAAGGAGAACAUCUCAGUAUGUUUGUCAGUUAUCACACUGCACCACUCGGCUCCAUGCGAGAGUCUAGCCUUGCGAAUAAGAGCCUCUAUCAACCUCUAUAUUAUUCUUUUUAUACUUCAGACCACUGACACCAGUCUUUGAAAAUGAAAAGAAAACACGUGCCCUAGCAUGUGUUUAAACCCCCUAACCUGGGAGUCCCAAGCUCUAGCAACAGAGCUACCCAGCUACCUGUGAAAACUUUACAUAUUGUAGUU